AUGUCCAGGCCUCGUUCCGCUACCGGUCAUGCCCCGCCUGGAUCGCUGGUGACGCCUGGUGCCGCCGAUUCCCAUGCCUUCUCCAACGGGCAAGGCCAGCAGCUGCUGCAUGGCCCCGGCUCUGCAGCGCCUGUCCAUUCGCAGCCCGAGCUGGAGCACGAGCGUCACCGGCAGAUUCCAUGGGACCAGGACCACCACCAUGAGAGCUGGAGCCCCAAACAGCCUGCUGCUCCCACCGGCCUUUCGCUGAAGAGGGCCAGCACCACUCCCUCGGAGCAUUACCAGCCUGCUCCUAUCUCGUCAAUCGUUGCUGCUGCUGCAAAGCCCUCCUUUCGCCCUCACACCCCCCAGCUCUCCGAGAGGGACAGUAUCUUUGCCACUCACUACCUCCCUUCCGACAACAACGAUGUUUCUUCCGCUGCUUCCACCCCGCUACUACGUCCUGUGCGAGGGAGUCUCCGGCCCGACAAGGAGACACUGCUGAAAUUGAGUCGAGGAGAUGCUUCUCCUGCUUCCCCCAUCUCCAUUGUCUCAUCACCGAGAACCCCUCCCGAUACUGCCGCCUCUGCGACUUCUCCUUCCAACGAGGACAACAACAACAAAACUAACACUGCCAUAUCCCCAUCGAAACCCACGUCCCAGUCAACGCCUUUUCGUCGCCCGUCAGAUAUCGCUCUCCAGGCCCCUUCGUCACCGCUGGCCGGCUCUCAUGUUGGCUGGGUAAAGCAGCAGGAGACGGUGGAAAGCUCCAAGAUUGCAGGAACGCAUCGCAUUGCCAUUCGAGAAACAUUCCAUCCACUGCGAAAAAUCGCAUCCGAGGGCAACGACAGCGAACCAUCUUCCCUUGCCACCCACGACCACCCCGAGCAUUCCUUUCUUCCCCCAACCUCAGCCACCCCGCGCCCGCGUCUUCAUAAUAUCCCAAUGUUGGAUUCAUCUAACGGGGACCAUGAACAUUCAUUCCCCGACCCUUGGCAGACCUCGAGGCAUCUGAAACAUGGCGAUGGAACGGUCGAUGUUACGUGGAAUACUAAACUCAAUCGCAGCACGAGCCGCGGGCGCGCCACCCGGGUAGAGGAGUCAAUUGAGGCCGAUCUUACCAAUACCGAGCCGGCUUCUCAUGUACGGAGUCGCAAAUCUAGUCAUUAUCUUGGCUUGUUCAAGGAAAACACAUCUCCGGAUCGCAAAAGGCGUGAUGAUCGGGAGCGACAGCUGGAAAAUGCAGGGAUAGUCAGUGGCCACGAGCUAUUGGAAGAAGCAGACCCGGAAAGUCCGUCUACACCUCGACCAACCCAUGCCGCCCUUUAUCAGCCACCGCCAGUCCAUGAUGAUAGCCGAGAAAAUAUUAUGGAAACCGAGGACAUAGUACAGGAACCGGAAGAUACAGAGCAAGUGCUCAGCGUUGAUGCCUCCGAGCUAUCACAACACCCUUUCCGAACCAUACCAAGAAGCUUGUCAGAGGAGAUUCGCAAUUUUCAUUUGACAACUGGCGGCGACCGCGGUGGCUCUUUCUCCCCUAGCGUCCCGACCCGAUUCACCAAAGUAGUCCGGAGAGAGGCGCGAGAGUUUUAUGAUGGAGACCAAUCGCCUAGUAGCUUGAUCGACCAUAGCACACCUUCUAGUCAGGUCUGCCGUACAGACGACCUUGGCGAACUUGCCGUCGACGAAGACGAAGACGAGCAUAUUUCGUCUGCAUUGUAUUUUCCUCACGAGGCCGCGCCUUCUGCAACGGAGCCGUCUUUUUCAAAAUAUCGUCACGAUGAAGAAGGAUACACGUUAGCCAAACAGGAUGUCGCCAAGCCUGAACCUACCACAAACCAUAUCGAUAUAUCAUUACAUUCCCAAAAGGACAGCAGUAUAUUGCAUGGAGACUUCUCGGCUCUUAGCGAUGCCGAAGAGAAGGCUUUGGCCACUAUCUCUGAAUAUAGCCACGAGUCAACUUCGGAAUCGGAAGCAGAAAGCACUUUAUCCACGCAAGACGAAGUCUCGAGUUUAACAGACGAUGCAGAACAUUUAGCGAUGACGCCGACUCAAAGACCGUUGCGCCACCGUCGCAAGCACACCAAAACCGGCAUUCUUGGUGCGGUAGAACUGAAACCAUAUCGGCACCAAGUGGGUGGACACACCACUGUGUUUCGCUUCUCACGGCGUGCUGUGUGUAAGCAACUGAAUAAUCGCGAAAAUGAGUUCUAUGAACGUAUCGAAAGGCGACAUCCUGAAAUGCUUAUGUUCUUGCCCAGGUAUAUCGGAGUGUUAAAUGUGACUUUUUCUAAGAAACCAAAGCAUUCCAAGAAACGCAGUACCACAAGCAAUGAGCAAACCAAAGCUUCUAUCCCCGAGCCACAGAAGUCUACUGAUCUGAGCCUUCCCAAGGAAACUACCACGAGUGCGCCGAAAAGCCAGGAGCAGCCAAGAAUAUUCAGCCAACAGCAAAUUACAGGCGUAAUUCCCAAAGUCAUCCUGGAAAAUAAUAGACAUAUCAUUCCCACAGAUUUUUUCAUGCCCCGGGCCCGAAGUGCUGAGGAUGCGAGGCCGUUUGGGUCAAUGUCGGCUGGAUAUAAAUCCGAAUCUGGCGAGAAUACCCCGAAGAGUAAUCUUACAAAUGACCUGCGGCAGCAAACGAUUUCCCACUUGAGGAAGCCAAAAAUCUGGGGCGCGACUACAGUAAACAGGAAAUUACAAGAGCAAGUUCUUCGUGAAGUUUUCAGCCCUCCCCCGAUCCAUCAUACCCGCCGCAACGUGCGAGGUCAUCCGACCUUACCGCGGUACCGCUCCGACACAGGUCGUAGCAAUGGCGAUGUUUCAGAAGAUCGGGUAUCGAGUCGAGGUACUAGCGGUGGAAGGUCUCCACCCAAGAGCCGUGCAAUCGAUAUUGUAAAGGCCACUGCUCAAGAAGGACCCCAACUCUCAUCUUCUGCAUCGAGUGCUUUGGAAAGGCACUCAAACCCUCUGGAGAGGAUUCGAACCUCCGAAACGCCACCUCGAUCAAGCUCGCUAGCCGCAGAUCGGACGCUUAGGAGACGGCAUUCUGGAAGUGGUCUGCAAAGACGGCGGAGUCUUACUAGCGGCGAUUCUGGUGAUCUCAUGUUCUUUGAAGACGACGGCUACGGAGGGGACCAAGAAGAUGCGAUUUUUACCAUGGAAGGCGAUACUCCUGCUGAACCUUCCCUCUCUCCAGUCGAUAAAAAUUCCAACGCAAGCCUACUCAAAACGAGCGAUUCUCUGGCACGAUCGCCCUCAAAACUUGGCUCGCCUCUGCAGCUUCCGACUCACCCACCGGACGUUGAUGUGGACUCUAUGCAUGUUCCAAUUAAUCCCCAAGAGGCACAGACCAAGCGAGACGACCGUGUGCAGUUCUUCAUCUUGUUAGAAGAUUUAACGGCUGGUAUGAAUAAACCAUGUGUCCUUGAUUUGAAAAUGGGAACUCGACAGUACGGACUAUAUGCGGAUGAGAAAAAGAAGAAAUCCCAGCGCCGCAAGUGUCAGACAACUACAUCGCAACAGUUGGGGGUACGGUUGUGCGGCAUGCAGACAUGGAAUAUCAAGAAGCAGGAAUACCUUUUCGAAGACAAGUAUUAUGGCCGAGAUCUAUCUUCCGGCCGUGAGUUUCAAGAUGCGUUAACACGAUUUCUCUAUGACGGUGUCAGCCAUCGGAGCAUUGUGAAAAAGAUUCCCAGCAUUCUGGGCCAGCUAAGCACACUUGAGAACAUGAUUCGGAACCUGAAAAGCUACCGUUUCUAUGCCAGCAGCCUUCUUAUCCUUUAUGAUGGCGACCCGUCCAAGGAACCGAAAAAGAUCCCGGCCGAUUCCAAGGAGCCACAGAGCAAUGAACGGCCAACUCUUGAUAGGCGGGCUUCUGAUGAUUGGCACAAUAACAAUGACGAUGUGAAACUCAAGAUUGUGGAUUUCGCCAAUUGCGUGACAGGAGAAGAUGAGUUCCCCCCAGAUGUGUCUUGUCGGCCUUAUCACCUAGACGACAUAGACCGAGGCUACCUACGGGGCCUCCGUACACUUCGCAUGUAUUUCCAAAGAAUAUUGAAGGAGGUGGGCCAAGAGGACGUCUUUGAGCGUGGUGAGACCGAAGGCUUGGCCCAGGGACAUCGAACUACGAGCCAGCAGAGCUCUACGGAUGCUUUCUGGGUUGACGCUGUAGUAGAAAGCGACCCAGGGGAGGUCAGUUUUUGA